AUGAAUGAAAAAUCGAUUAUUAAACAAGGUUGGUUAAAAGUGAAAACAGCAUCGCAUUCAAGAUGGCAUCGCCGUUAUUGCACAGCCCAAGCAGAGAACGGCGCUCGUGAUUUGCUGAAUGCUGAAACGAAACAAGAACUUGAAUCAUGGUCAGUAGCGGUGAAAAAAGCGGCAUUUUCUCGAAAUGGUGGAGGCAUUUUUGGUCAAUCGUUACAGGAGACAUACGAUUACGCAAAAGAUAAAACAAGUUCUGUACCAUUAAUUGUUCAGCAAUGCUGUGAACAUCUCUUGCAAUAUGGAUUAGACUAUGUUGGGUUAUUUCGUGUACCUGGCAAACAAUCUUCGAUUAAAGAAUUACGUGAUAUGUAUGAUCGUGGUAUUUCUGUUAGACUCGAUGAAACUUAUGCUCCAGCUACUGUUUCUUCAUUAUUAAAAAUAUAUUUACAAUCUUUACCCGAACCCAUUAUACCCAAUCUUGAUUUUGAUAAUUUUCUCGAAAUUGGUUGUCGUUUCAAAUAUCCGAAUGAAAAUGAGCGUGAUGAAAAAAUAUCCCGUUUAAAACAAGCAAUACUGAAUUUACCAAAAAUCAAUUAUCAUGUUCUCAAAUAUUUAUGUUUAUUCAUGAAAAAAAUAUCUGAUCAAUCAGCAGUGAAUAAAAUGGAUACCGAAAAUCUAGCCGUAGUUUUUGGUAGUAAUAUUAUUCGACCACCGGAAAAACUCGAUUUAAACAUGAUCAAAGGACACAAUUUUAAUUUGUUACCAUUAAUCAAGGUUUUUAUUGAUAAUUCGGAAGAAUUAUUUGACUGUUCCAGUUCUACCACUGACGAGGUGUUAAACGAUGAGCAAACAUCCAUUGUAUUUGAUAGUCAAACAACCGCAACAAAAUCAAGUGGCUUUUCAUCCGAAUCUUCACUAUUAUCUUCAAACGAUCGUCUUUUAUCCAUACAACGUUCAAAAUCAUUACAAUCUGUUCGAAGUUCAACAAUAUCAUCAAUCGAUAGUGGAACAUUAAGUGUGAAUAGUAUUGAUUUCAACAGCAAGAAAAAUAAUAAUCCAAAACGUCGUGUAUCAAUGUUAUCAAAAUUGGAUGAUUUGCCUAGUCGACGUUUAUCAUUUACAACGUGUAAAGAGCCAAGUUUUCUGUCGGCCGAUGGUGAUGAUGUAUCGGGUGAUGUUGACGCACAUAGUGUAAUAGAAAUAAAAACAGAAAAUGAAAUAUCCAUAAUUCGAAAAUCACAAACAAAGCUAUCGGCUAGUUGCGAUGCAAUUUUAACAAAAAUCGAAAAUGAAAUAGUUGAAAUACUACCCGCAGAACAAAAACGUCCAACAAUGAAUGAAAAUCAAAUACAAAAUGAAAUUGAACAAGAGAAGAGAAGUGGCUCACUAUCGUUAGCGCCGACUCCCAUAAGAAAAAUGUCAAAAUAUCCUGUAAAAAAAAGUCUCGUUAGUAAAGUGGGUAAAUCAUUUUCAACGUUAAAAUCAAACGUCGUCAAAGUUCUUAAUCAACAACCAGUACCACUUCCGGCGAAUACUCGCUUGAUUAAUAGCGAUAAUAGUCAAAAUGGUGUUAAUCAUCAAGAAGAAUAUGAAUUAAAAAUUUAUUCAACAACUCCACAAGGAACAAUCAGUAAACAACGACGCGAAGAAUUAAAUUUACAACAUUCCGAUUUACUAGAUAAUAAUAUCACUGAUUCUGACGGUGUAAUGAUGACAUCUUCACUAGUCGACCAAUGUGAUGAAUUUGAGAAACUCAAACAUGAAAUCGAUACAUUAAAUAAUCGCUUGAUAAAAAAAGAAUUAUUAAUCGAAUAUUUAACAACGACAUCUCAAAAUGAACGUUUAGCAUUUGUACAAGAACGACUACAAUUAACAAAAACUGUUCAAGAUUUAAUGCGAGAUAAUGAACAGUUACGUCAACAGUUGCAAGAACGUGAUCGGUGUAUUAUAGACAAGUGUCCACAAACACCCACGCUAAAAUAUUCACAAAAUGAUUUUCUAAAUGAUAUAACUCAUUCAUUGGCAAAAUUAAAUAAAGAUAUUUCAGAUACUAAUGAACAACAACCACCAUUAACAUCAACACCGUUAUCAACAACGAUUACUACUACUGAAAAUGUGUUGUUAUUCUAUUUUAUAUACAUAUUUUUAAUGUCUUCGCCGCCGAUUAGUCAUUCGAAAGAACCUUCUUCUCCACUUGUUCAAUCUACCUUCGCCACACCUGCAGCCACUUCAUCAACCACAUUCGAUUUACCACCGUCGCUAGCUUUAUCAAACGAUGAACAAUUCAAAACCGAAGCAAUAACAAAUAAUGAUGACUUUUCUCAAUAUGCAACGCCAACAACUCCUCUAAGUCCACAUUUAACAUCGUCUCCUACACAACAUCAAUCUCAAUCAACUCCACUUCCUACCAAUACUUCUCAGAACUCCAUACCAACAUCACCAGCAGCCGCAACAGCUGCCGAAGAAGAACAACUUCAAACAACGAGCAUCGUGAAUGAAAUGAGAUCAUUAUUGACAUCAGAAGAUUUACGUUUUCCAUUAGAAGAUACAUGGUCAUUUUGGUUUUUUAAAAAUGACAGAAAUUCCGAAUGGAAGGAUAAUUUAAUUAAACUUACAACAGUGUCAACGGUGGAAGGUUUUUGGUCUGUUUACAAUCAUAUGCAAUCACCCGGUCGACUAGGACAAGGUUGUGAUUAUAUGUUUUUUAAAACUAAUAUUCAGCCAAUGUGGGAAGAUAUAAAUAAUAGAAAUGGUGGACGAUGGGUUUUAAAUCUAAAUAAAAAUCAAAGGGGACAAGAAUUAGAAACCUUUUGGUUAUUUACGAUGUUAUCUUUAAUUGGUGAUCAAUAUGUUGAUACAACUGAUCAUGUUAAUGGUGCCGUUGUAUCUAUUCGUAGUAAAGGUGAUCGUAUUAGUUUAUGGACGCGUGAUUGGAAAAAUGCCGAUGUUACAAAAAGUAUUGGACGUCGUUUUCGAGAAGUUGCCGAUAUUCCUAAGCAAUAUCCAAUUUUUUUUGAAAGUCACGAAGAUCAAGAGACGAAACGUGGUGCAAAUUCAAAAGCUUUAUACAAAGCUUAG